AUGUCGAUUCCAGCCUAUGCCCACCUCAUUUCUUCUUUCUACCCCAUUGGCAACACACCUGCUGUCAGUUUGACGCAGAGUUUACCUCUGGGAAAGUCUGCUGAUAUCCUACUUCUUGGAUGCGGUGAUGCUCGCAAUAUCCUUUUCACCUCCCGCCUUGAUGACCGCCCGUUGGAUAUCACUUGCUGUGAUGCUGAGGAUUCGAUCAUCGCAAGGACCAUCCUUCUCCUGUCGCUUAUCAUCGAUGAUGUCAAAGACGAAAGCAGUGGUGACAUUUGGAACAUCUAUUACCACUUCUACCUCGACCAUCAAUCCCACGACCGACUCCGAGCCCAAGUACAAAAGCUUCUAGGUCUUUCUAGUUCCGUGGAGACAUGGAGAUCCUCCAAAUAUGGAGAGCAGAUAAUAUUUUGUGACAUUGAAACGCUCGAUGGCGUGACCAAUGUAUGGAAGUUUUACGCCUCCCAGAGUCUUCCCGAGAAUCGAUCGGCAUUCGAGGAUUUCUUCAAGACCAGUCUUGAGCAGAGUAGGAAGCUGGCGGAAAAGGAAGGCAUCCUCCAAAAUCCGAGCGCAGAGAGCUCGUCCGACCUUACUGUUGGGGGGACCGACCACGACGUGGCUAAGUUCCAUGCGUAUUUCUGGGGUCACGGUACAACCGACCUGGAUGCCGAGAUUGCUUCCAAGGCAACCAUCGCCAACCCUUCGUUUACGACUCCCAAUCCCUCUGUGAUCCCGCACUACUCCCUCAAUCCUGUCCUUGGUUUCCACAUUGCACUCGCAGAAACCCCACUCGCCGAGUCUUCAAUGGUGCCCCGUCAGACCUCUCAUCUGCAACAGGUCGUGGAAGGUGCUCGCGCGGAGUUUGCGUCGUGGUGCCGCUCCUUUAGGAAGCGCGCCGCCAACACCACCACCCUACGGUUCUUUGCGGGAGAGGCUAUUGACUUUUGCCAUACACUCAAAUCCCUCCGCGCCACCGGACGCACCGAACAGGGCAACUUAUAUCGUACCCGUCUAGGCAUGACGCCGACCAGUCUCGAUCAAGCAACUUACGGCCCUUUGGGCUCCGCUCCGCUCUUAUUCGAUAUCAUCGAUACUUCAACCCUCAUCGACGACAUCGGGGCCAUUAACUUGUUGAUCGCCACCUCUCCGCUCCUUCGUGGAGAUUCGACGGCUACUCUCUAUACGGAGACCCUGACCCGGCAGGCAGACUCGCUGCGGGAUCUCUACGACUCUCUCUUCUGCGGCCACUUCCCGAUGCUGCCACUCCUUUUGGGACUAUCUCCCGUAGAGUAUUGGACGAACACGUCACCAACGUCUGCGGCGUAUGAGGGCCGGAUGAGGGUCAUGGCCGGUGCUGACUCUUCUGACUCCAAGUCCCACCAGUUGCAGAGCAGACUUAGCUGGAAGAGACCCGAUACACCGAGCCAUCUCCCGUUAUCCUCCCCGUCGAUUGAAUAUCUAAAAUUUGAUGCACCCGUACUUGCCGACUUGCUCCACGAUGUCUACCUUCGAAUGUUACCCGACGAAAACCUGGCUGACAUGUCGGGAAAGAUGAACCUAGACAAAUCUCAAUCCCUGUCUAAACCCUCUUACCACCGGGCAAGCUACGUUUCGCUUCUCCGUUUCAUACAAUCCAGGAUUAUUAUUAUCGUUGGCUGGGGGAACUUCGUGGAUUUUUUGACUGAGCGGAUCAAAGACAGCUCAAAGUGCCCCCUAUUAGCCUCGAAGUAUCUGCAGGAGCUUUCGGCGCAGUUGUAUACCCCUGGAGUCUACCCCAUCGUCACGCUGGAAAUACCCCGUACCUUUCUACCACUCUCCACCCAUGACGACCCCGUCGAUAUCGGGAGCGUGCCUGUCCAUGGCUCCCUCCACAGCCCGGGUCCUUCGGUGGCUAAGGGAUGGCACGAUGCUUUUGCGGCCGUUCAGCUCGGGUUUGGAACGCUGUCUACCACCGGCAAAAGGAACAGCAACGACUUUGCUAUCCACAUCGCCAAUGACCCUGACGGUUGGCAUGGAAAAUCGUCUUUAUUCGUGUCGUUCAUGGUGCCGACCCGCUCGUUAUUACUCGAUGAAGCUGAGAGUACUAUGGUAUCGCUCGAUUUGCGGAGUACCGUGACGACUGGGGACAAGCCUCUAGACCGUCUGAAGACAACCUCUCUGGCUGUUUUUGCGACUGCUAUAGGCAACGCGAACCGUGCCUACAUCACUUGCAACCCUCCAAACCAGAACGGAUCGCCAGUUAUCCCGGGUCUAAACCGAAACGACAUGAUUUCGGUGUGCCUAAAUCCCGGUGCUGUGACCUCCAUACUAGUCAAUAUCGACGAUAAAUCCAGAGCACUCUCAUCUUUCAUGGCAGGUAUUUGCGUCAUCUCAGACCGUCUCAUGGACUUGUUCGACUCUGGGUGUGUUGUCAAGCUUGCAGCUACUUCUCCUGUUCAGCUUCAGGUUUCUCUCGACAGCGAACUUAUCAACAUUACGUUCCCGUUGCCCGUCAUCUGGAAGAAUUCUAAGGGCCGGGUUCUGCGAAGAUGUUACUGCAUCGAGGUGAUUUGCCCGGUCGUGACUGAGCCUUCUCGAUUCUAUUCACCGGCUUAUGUAUACCCCAUCGCCUUUGAAGGCGGAACACCCGUCCUUCGCAACAUUCAUUACGUCAAUCUACAAGCACUCCCCGUCAUCGACAUUUCCCAACGUGACAAGCUCGAAUGGCUGAUUGGUCAUACGUUCACGAUGUUCUCGGCAAGAGAGCGCCGCUUGUGGAAGAACCAGGAACUCGAAGCCCUGAAAGGCGAACGGAUCCGAGUGAGCUUCAAGGACUCUCUCUACUCACUCCUAAUGCAGUUUACCGGGCUCCGAGGCAGAAAGGCUCAUUUGUUUGGGAUCUGCGACUCAGGUAACGGUGACGUGCACAUCCUCCUGUUUGUGUCCGCGAUGCGCCUGGAUAUUGCAAACCGAUCUGUCGUUCUUGAUUUGGGCGUUAUCGCGCUGUCCGGCAAGUUGGUGCCGGUUAUCCGUGAGGCUUUGGCUAUGGUGAAGUCAAGCAGGUUAUGCAAGAUCAUGGUGAAUGCGGAAGUGAUGCACCUCUGGAAACAGCUCCUCCCCGCAUUUGUUGAACGCUGCAGGACUUGGAGUCAUCGAGGCAGCUGCGAGUAUAUCGCCGCGGGGAAUCGAGCUCCACUAUCCGUCGAUCCGGGGAAACCUACGCUGUGCACAUGCGGGAACGGUGUGUUUCCUCCGGAUUUCAAAGUUGAUCCACUUAAAUGGGAUCGUGUGUCUAGACUCGCCGUGCGAGCCGCAAUCUCUCCAGUUUUUUUCAGUGCUCUCGUCGAGGACCUCGGUGGUCCUGUCUGA